AUGAAGGACAAGUGUGUUACCGGCAGCUGCGGCGGCGAUACGACGACUUUCCGAUCUGCCGUCAAAGAUUCGACAUCGCCGCAGAGUUCAGUCGCAUCGGCGUCGUCGUCUGUGCGGAGACUCAAAGGCGAUCUAGAAUCGAGGCGAUUUGGCGCGGCGGCGAGCGAGAGGCUGAGGCAGGCGGAGGAAUCUCUACGUACGGUUAUGUUUCUGAGCUGUUGGGGAUCUUGUUAG